AGCAUUAAUAAUGUCAUUAAUAACACAGCACUGGAUUUUCCUGUUAAUCUUACAGUCAUCCAGUUACAUAUUUAUAACGGCAACACAUUCUAAACCCAACUAUGUGCUGAUGUUGGCUGAUGAUCUUGGCAUCGGUGACCUUGGCUGUUAUGGGAAUGACACAAUAAGAACACCUAAUAUAGACAGGCUUGCCAAAGAGGGUGUCAAAUUAACGCAACACAUUGCAGCAGCACCAAUAUGUACACCGAGCAGAGCUGCUUUUUUGACGGGAAGAUAUGCCUUCAGAUCUGGCAUGGAUACAAAUGGAGGAGGUCGUGCUCUAAAGUGGCUCGGUGUAUCCGGUGGACUUCCUCCUAAUGAGACCACAUUCGCUAAAAUAUUACAGAAGCAAGGCUAUUACACUGGCAUUCUAGGAAAAUGGCACCAAGGACUGAACUGUGAAUCCCUUAAUGAUUACUGUCACCAUCCUCUAAACCAUGGAUUCAACUAUUUUUAUGGAGUACCUCUUAGCCUGAUAAAUGAAUGUGAGCCUGGACACCUGCUGGAAAUAGAUGUUCCAUUUAGGGCCCAACUGAUGUUUUUCACGCAGCUUAUCGGCUAUUCUGUGCUUACAGUAAUGAUUGCUAAAUAUACCAAUCUGCUGGCAAUCAGUGGGAAAGUGGUGUUCGGCUGUGUAUUGUUUGGCAUCUUGUUUUUUAUGGCUUGGUACAUAAAAUAUGGUUUCAUCCAGUACUGGAGCUGCAUACUCAUGAAGGACCAUGAAAUCAUGGAGCAACCGAUAAAUAUACAUAGAGCAUCUGCUGGCAUACUAAGGGAGGCAAAGCAGUUUAUAGAAAGACAUAAAGAUGACCCUUUUCUGCUUGUCAUUGGGUUUCUUCACGUUCACACACCUUUGGUUACAACCAAAUCAUUUACUGGCAGAAGCAAACAUGGAAUUUAUGGGGAUAAUGUUGAGGAGAUGGACUUUAUGGUUGGUGCGGUUAUCGAUGCUAUUGAUAAUGCAGGUCUGAAAAACAGUACUUUGGUUUAUUUUGCAUCAGAUCAUGGAGGACACAUAGAGGUCAAAGAUGGUGUAAUUCAAACCGGAGGAUGGAAUGGAAUAUACAGAGGUGGAAAAGCCAUGGCUGGCUGGGAAGGUGGCAUUCGUGUCCCAGGGAUUUUCAGGUGGCCUGGUGUCAUUCCUCCUGACACAGAGAUUGAUAAACCCACAAGUCUGAUGGAUGCUUUUCCAACCGUGGUCCGUUUGGGUGGUGGAGAAUUGCCUAAUGACAGAAUUAUUGAUGGUCGGGACCUAUUUCCAUUGCUUUUGAGGCAAACAAACGAUUCAGAACACGAGUUUCUAUUUCAUUACUGUGGAAAUCAUUUACAUGCUGUGCGAUGGUACCAAAAAGAAAGUAAUACUACCUGGAAAGCACACUUUGUGACUCCUGUUUUUUAUCCACAAGAUGCAGUGGGUUGCUAUGAUAUAUUACUUUGUGGUUGUGAAGGAAAGUAUGUCAUUCACCACAAUCCUCCACUGUUAUUUGAACUAUCUGCCGAUCCUUCUGAAUCCAAGCCUCUUCCAUCUCAUACCAACCCUUACUAUAAAGAGGUAAUAAACAAAAUAGAGGCUGUGGUAGCAGAACACAAGAAGACCAUCACUGUGGUGCCUCAGCAGUUAUCCUUCUACAAUAAUCUUUGGAAGCCAUGGUUACAGCCAUGCUGUGGAACAUUUCCCUUCUGCUGGUGUAAUAAGGUAGAUGAUAAUGGGACAGACACACUCUGAUCUGGUUUGCAGCUCAUUUUUGAGUUUUAGCUGGUAGCUCCUAAAACCGGCC